GGCGGGGAUGCUGGAGCGGCAGGCGGCGCAGCUCGCGCGGCUGGAGGCGGUCGCGGAGUCGCUCGCCAGGUCCGUGCGCGCGCUGGAGGCCGCGCUCGCCAGAUCCGCCGGGCCGGGGCCGCCCCCGCCGGCGCGGCUGCAUCAGCAGCCGGAGGAGGAGGAGGUGGCGGUCUCCGACGCCGUGGCGGAGGAGGCGCCGGGCGGGGGCGGGGGGCGGCGGGCCCCGCAGGGCGUGGCGGUGACCAAGCGCCGGCCUUUGUGGUCCGAGCGGUUCCUCUUCGCCGCGGCGGUGCGGCUCGGGGACGGCGCCCACGCGGCCGCCCAGGCCGCGCUGCCCUACGAGGACGCCGACGGGCUCACCAAGUACUUCGCCGUGGGCGACUCCCUCGGCCGCGUCUUCGUCUUCUCCGCCGCCGGCGACGCGCUGCUCGAGCUCGGCCUGCCCCCCGGCGAGUCCUCCUCGAACCCCUCCUCCCCGGUGACCGCCCUGCUCGCGUACCUCUCCCCGCGCCGCGCCGACUGCCUGCUCUUCGCGGGCCACGCGGACGGCUCCAUCGCGGCGCACCGGCUCACCGAGUCCUCCCCGCACGGCGACGACUGGCUCACCCUCGCCGCGGCCUCCUCCCGGCUCCUCGUGCGCGGCCUCGACGGCGCCCCGGUGCUCCACCUCGAGGCGCACCACGCCGGGCGGUCCCGCUACGUGCUCUCCUGCGACGCCGGCCGCCGCAUCCGCGUCUUCACCGAGAACGGCACGCUCUACGGCACUGCCAUCGCCUCCUCCACGCCGCUCGCCUUCGUCAAGCAGCGCCUCCUCUUCCUCACCGAGGCCGGCGCCGCCUCGCUCGACCUCCGCUCCAUGACCGUCCGGGAGACGCCCUGCGAGGACCUCGCCGAGGCGCUCAACGGCUCCCGCCCCAGGUCCUACUCCUUCGACCCGUCCGAGCGCUUCAAGGCCUACGGCUUCACCGACGCCGGCGACCUCGUGCACGUCCUGCUGAUGGGCGACGUCGCCAACCUCAAGUGCCGGGUCCGGGCCGUCAAGAAGGCCGAGGUCGACAGCCCUGUCGCGAUACAGACCAUCAAAGGUUACCUCUUGGUGGCCAGCCAGGACAAGAUCAUGGUGUACAACACCUCGUCUCAGUACUAUGGGAGGGUCGGCGCGCCCCGGCCGCUGUUCACCACAGCCAUUAGGGACAUCAAGGCUGUGUUUGCGGGUUCUAGCGCCGUCAUGUCUGCCGCACCAGCUGGGAAGCCUCUUAUUGCCGCGGACCGUGAGAAGCUCGUCAUCUUGGGGCUCGGGGACGGUUACGUCGCCAUCUAUCGGUCCAACUUCCCGGUGUACAAGCCGGAGAGCAAUGCUGUUGUGUGGAGUGGCCCGGCGCUGCUCUUCCUCCUGUUCUUGAUUGGCAUCUGGCAAGUCUAUGUGAAGAAGAAGGAUUCGUUGGGAUGGACACCGGAGGAGACGUUUAACACCUCGGUCACAGCUCCUACAGGGAGCAUCUUGAAUCAUCCAGCCAGUGAGCGAGCAUUCGCAGAUAGCACGACAAGAGCUGCUGAUCGAAGCUAUGUGGAUGGCACGACCAGAGCCAGCGACAGAAGCUAUGUGGACGCCACUGCGAGAUCUACUGACCGAGGCUAUGCUGAGACUACCAGGGCGGUGGACCUACGCGGCGGGGCGUUGAGAAGUGCUCCGAGAAGGUAUGUCUCCCCUACUAGGUAUGCAGGGGCAGCCGGUAUUCCGUAUCGACCUGUUUCGGCCGAGCCUGGGCUUAGAGGAGCCACUCCAGAGCUGAAGUACCGAGGCCCAGGUAUGGAGCCCCCUGGUUUCCCCAAGAAAAGGGAGCCAUUGUUCUCGAACAACCAAGCCGUAGUAGAUGAUCACGUCGAAUGAGGCCGCUGGACUGUCGGUGCAGACUGCCGCCCCUAAAUUUUGGUCUGGCUUGAAGUUCCCGCGCCUAAGAGGGAUACAUGCCACUGAUCCACCCCCCUGUUGUUGUAAGUUGUAAAACUUGGGAAAUGUUUGUAUGGUACGAGUACAUUAUGGCCAUUAGGAUACGCGGCUGCAAAUGGUGGAAUAACGCGAAGACUAUGGGUUGCAUCUGUGCAUUUUACAACUAUCUAUGGGUAUAACCGUCGAAGCAUGUUUACUUUGCUUUUCACCUUUAGCAAUGUAAGGCAAGCACUCUAGUCUCAAGUUUUACAAUGAUCUCCAGCUGUGCUGAGAUGCUUGGAGUUCCUCUA